AUGACGACAGACCACAGCAUAGACCCUCGGUCUACACCACCAUCAGCACAGCCUCGGACGUCCCCAGAGCAGACACUGGAUGUAACAGAGGACAGUUCCAGAAAGAGCGAAGAAGACGUCUUGGAUGGCCUGGAGAAAGGCUUAGACAACACUAUGCCACCAGAACAAACAGAUCGCUUUUUCGUGGAGUUCGAUGGACCCAAAGAUCCCGGCAACCCGAAGAACUGGACGCCCAAACGAAGAUGGUGUAUCACAGUUUCCAUGGGCCUUAUGGUUUUCACGGUCACAUUUGCCAGUUCUAUCUUCAGUGUCAACAUCGGGAUUGUCCAAGAGAAGUUUCAGGUCGAAAAGGUCACAGCCACUCUCGGAGUAGCGUUGUUCGUCCUGGGGUUCGUAUUUGGACCGAUUGCUUUUGGGCCAAUGUCAGAGGUUCUGGGUCGGAAGACUCCCCUCAUGUUCGGCUUCGCACUUUUCGCUAUCUUCCAGAUUCCAGUCGCUCUAGCCCAGAAUAUCACGACGAUAUGUGUAGGCCGCUUCCUUGGUGGCCUCUUCGCCUCUGCACCCCUCGCAGUCGUGGGUGGAGCUCUUGCAGACUUGUGGGAUCCUAUCCCCAGGUCCUAUGCUAUCUGUGUUUUUGCCGCUGGUGGAUUCGCUGGUCCAGUAGCAGGACCCAUUGCUGGUGGCUUCAUCGCCGAGUCGCAUCUUGGCUGGCGCUGGACAUCCUGGAUCACUCUCAUCAUGGCCGGUCUCUUCGGCGUUAUUGGCUUCCUCGUCAUACCAGAGACUUCUGCAUCUAGGAUUCUGCAGUUGCGAGCUGCAAAGUUACGAAAGGACACGGGCAACAACGAAUAUCACGCUGCGGCUGACGAGAACAAGUUGACUCUCGACAAAGUGUUGAACGUUUACCUCUUACGGCCAUUCAUCAUGUUCUUCCAGGAACCCAUCUUGGCGCUGGUGACAGCUUACAUGAGCUUCUUGUACGGCAUUGUCUAUCUGCUUUUCGAAGCCGUCAUCCCGGAGGAACGCCUGCCGCCCAUGAUACUCGGAGCCAUCGCACUUCCUGUCGGUCUAUUCUGGUUUGCCUGGACUAGCAAUCCAAAUAUCUCGUGGGUACCGCAGGUGCUCUCCGUCGCCCUUCUUGGGUUUGGUUGCAUGGUGCCCUUCUGGCAGGGAAUGAGCUACCUCAUCGACUGCUAUGGCUUCUAUUCCAACAGCGCCAUCGCGGUCAACACCUUCAUCCGCUCGUUCGCGGGCGCUUUCUUUCCACUGUUUACACAUGCAAUGUACACCAAACUUGGUGUACCAUGGGCGACCAGCCUUCUGGCGUUCAUCUGUGUGGUAUUCCUCCCUGUACCCAUUCUGUUCUACAUCUUCGGGGCGAGGAUUAGAACGAAGAGCAAGUGGGCACCAACGGCGUAA